GACCAUCGCGGGAGGAAGGUGAACCCGACAUUAGGAAACCGAGCGGCCGACCUCGGUUCCCGGGGAGUGGAGGUCAGCGGGGUCGCACUCACCGCCCUGCGCCUCAAGCUGCCCAUCCCUGUGCCGUUUGCUUAGGGACCCGUGUGCUGUGAAUCACAGGGAUUCUUACAAAAACACCAGCGCCACCUUGACAGGCUUUGAUGCUGGGCUCUGGCAGGAGGAAGUUGUUCUCAGCUCUGCUGCAGAUUCAGAAGAGGCCCAAUCAACCCUCGAGAGACAUGAGACUGGUACAGUUCCAAGCGCCCCACCUAGAAGAGCCUCACCUGGGCCUGGAGUCAGGGAUUGGUGGAGGAGUUGUGGACCUAAACACCUUUGACCCCACACUCCCCAAGACAAUGAUGCAGUUCCUGGAGCAGGGAGAAACCACCCUCUCAGUGGCAAGAAGAGCCCUGGCUACCCAGUUGCCAGUCCUCCCUCGGUCACAGGUGACCUUCUUGGCCCCUGUCACCCGGCCAGACAAGGUGGUGUGUGUGGGCCUGAAUUAUGCAGACCACUGCAAAGAACAGAAUGUGCGGGUGCCCAAGGAGCCCAUCAUCUUCAGCAAGUUCUCCAGCUCUAUUGUGGGGCCCUAUGAUGAGAUCAUCCUCCCGCCAGAGAGUGAGGAAGUGGACUGGGAGGUGGAACUGGCCGUGGUGAUUGGAAAGCAAGGCAAACACAUCAAGGCCGCAGAUGCCAUGGCUCACGUGGCUGGCUUUACUGUGGCUCAUGAUGUGAGUGCUCGGGACUGGCAGAUGAAGCGCAAUGGAAAGCAGUGGCUACUGGGGAAGACCUUUGACACUUUCUGCCCUCUGGGCCCCGCCCUGGUUACCAGGGACAGCUUAGCAGAUCCACACAAUUUAAAGAUCUCCUGUCGAGUGAAUGGGGAGAUGGUCCAGAACAGCAACACCAACCAGAUGGUGUUCAAGACUGAAGAGCUGAUAGCCUGGGUUUCCCAGUUUGUCACUCUUUACCCAGGGGACAUCAUCCUGACUGGGACUCCUCCAGGUGUUGGUGUGUUUAGGAAGCCUCCAGUUUUUCUCAAUAAGGGUGAUGAAGUCCAGUGUGAGAUUGAAGAACUUGGUGUCAUCGUCAACAAGGUGGUUUGAUGGCAUCCCUGUAAAUACUGAACUUGAGACAAGGUGAACCAGCCUCACUGCUGGCCCUGCCUACGUGAGGCUGCCCUUAGGUAGGCCUCGGAAAUAAAAUUUCUCUUGAAAUUGCA